AUGGGCGCGCAUACAGUUCGUCUCGACAUCACAGGCGACGAGACAGAGGGGGCGGCGCGAGGCCAGCGUCAGAACGAGCGGGCGGCGGAGCACGAGCGGGCGGCGGAGCACGAGCGGGCGGCGGAGCACGAGCGGGCGGCGGAGCAUAUGAGUCCUGAGUGGAUUGCCUCUUACGAUGAUUGCUUCGUCACGGCCGAUUCUCUUUUUCUACUAAUCUCUUUCGGAGGAAGAGGCAGUUUCCCCGCUGUCACCGCGCCUGAGGGGUUUCUUUUCCUCGCGAUGUCCACCCCGCCGCGCCGCCGCUCGCGCCGCAUCGCCUCCUCCUCGACCGCCGCUCCAUCGCCGGACGCGCCGCCGCCCGUCCGCCUCCUCGACCUCCCCAGGGAGCUCCUCGAGCGCGUUAGCCAUGCCUCUGCAGCAGCCCGCUCUCCUCGCUGA